UAACUGCAUGUGCCACAACAGCACCUGCUGUAAUUUUCUCCUGCUGCAAGCUAACCCUUUGCUAACUUUGUUUGAGUCCUUUGUGCCAAAUCUAUUUUUAGAAAAUGGAGUGUUGAUGAUGAGCUGAGGUCUCUCAAAGCCUGAGGAGAGAAGCUGCUCUGUAGUCUGGUGGUAUGGCAGUUUUGUUGACAUCUGGGAGCACAGUAAUGGGUGUACAGUGUGAACAGGAGAGGGCUGGGGGGCUCCGUAACUGCCAAUCUGAACUUGCUGGGGUCUGCUUGUGAGAAUGUCCAAUAACAUUUAGUCAAGGCCAGAGUGUUACGUUUUCUAAUCAGCUUCAUGCGUCGAAUUGUUCUCAAUGCUGAGCUGAAGUCACCAAACAGCAUCCUGAUGUAGCCGUUCUCAUUCUCCAGGUGUGUGAAGAUUACACAUGCACACUACACUGCUGCGUGUUGAACAGCUGGCAUUAUUGUGUCCUACAAGUAAACCAUCAUUUUGUGACUUAUCUUAUUGUGAUGAAGCAAUAGCCAGUGAGUAACUAUUGGGCUACAUUUUUGUGGUACAUUAUGUUCAGACUUACUUCAUUAUGAUUGUUUUCUUAGUCACACUUGUGAGACACUAAGUCAGAUGUUUAACCUGCUUAAUCAAAAUAAAUGUGCUUCUCCUAAAUUGUACCAUCUUGUUAUCAAGAAUUGGCUCAUUACUCAGAAGCUCAGGAGUGAACAUAUGGUUUGAAGCAUCAUUUCCCUCUAAAUGGAUUUCCCAGAUUCAGAAUAGCUGCAGAUAAGCUUGAUGCAGCUGUAGUGAGUGUGUAUCCUGUGUGAGAACUAGGCUACAGCAUCUACAGUCACUGUGCAAAUCGUGUCUCUUUAACUGAGGUAUUCUCAGGACGGGGAGGGGGGGGGAUGGGUUCAUCGGGUUCAUGUAGUAUUGGACGCCUCCUCCCAUCUCGGGUUAGCUGCUUUCCUUGCUCUCUCGACAAAAAGGUGGCUGUCGGUGAUGGAGAACGGCAUGGAAGUUGGUCGUGGAAAUGGCUAAAAUAGCUUGACUAUUAUUUGGGAUACAAAAACUCGAUCAGACGAUGACUCCAAACUAAGCUGACAUUUUUAGGUCAUUCGAGGCACCUCGCUAACUUGUUUGUAGCUCCAGCAAAUUGUCAGAAUAAGCCUGCUUUAUUCGCCUGUCAGUGUCCACUGGGAUGGGGGAUCGCUUUGUCCUGUGUCGUCUAAUAUCCUAGUGGAAUAUAAAUCAUGAUGGCUGAUGGAUGUUGCAGAGGGAUGGAGAGAGGCAGGGGUAAGAUUGCAUCAGAUUCUUUACAGAGGUCCGCAUAUACUCAGCAAUAUGUCCAGACGGGAUCACAGCAGCAGGGCAAUGACAUCCAGGAGUUAGCCUCCAAACGAGUCGACAUUCAGAAGAAACGCUUCUAUCUGGAUGUAAAGCAGAGUGUGCGCGGGCGCUUCCUCAAAAUAGCGGAGGUGUGGAUUGGAAGAGGCCGUCAUGAUAACAUCAGGAAGAGCAAACUGACGCUGUCCAUGUCGAUGGCUCCCGCUCUACGCUACUGUCUGGGAGACUUCAUAGAUUACUAUGCCCGUAUCGGGCUGCGGGGGGGCCUGGCGCCUCCGCAGCUCGAGGAGCACAGCAACAACGGCCAGGGCCGCGCGCACGACUCCCGCAGGAGAACGCAGGAGCCGCACGCUGCGCUGUCUCCCACAGGCUCUGCGGUGUCCGACGACCAUGCCCACCGCGUUCUCAAGAGCGAAUUUAUCGAGAGAGAUAACAGAAAGUACUUUCUGGACCUGAAGGAGAACCAGAGAGGCAGGUUCCUCCGCAUACGACAGACCGUCAGCAAAGGACACGGCACAAUGGGCUACUACGGCCAGGGCAUCGAGCAGACCAUCGUGCUGCCCGCGCAGGGGCUCAUCGAGUUCCGAGACGCGCUGUCACAGCUGAUUGAAGACUAUGGCGACGAAGAGAGCGACGCCCGAGAGCGAGCCGGGUCCAGGAACCAGGACGACAACCCCGAACUUCCAGAGGCCGCGUCAAUCCGGGUGGACAACAAGAGAUUUUACUUUGACGUCGGUUCUAACCGGUAUGGUAUCUUUUUAAAAAUUAGUGAAGUGCGCCAGCCCUAUAGAAACACCAUCACAGUUCCCCUUAAAGCCUGGGCUAGAUUUGGAGAGAAUUUCAUCAGGUAUGAGGAGGAGAUGCGACGGAUUUUCUCCUGUCACAAAGAGAAGAGGACAGACGCUCGGCAGGACAGUGAGGAGCAGGAGGACUGACCUUGGCAGUAGGCUGUUUCUGUCUGUCUUCUGCAUGUAUUAUAGGGAUUCUGUUCAAGAAUAAAAUGUCUAGACCAGACCACAACCCCUAAAUACUC